UGGAGGGAGAAGCAAGAAAGGGAGGAGGGGGAGAGAGAGCUCCUGGGUUGCUGCUGCCGCUGCUGCGAGAGGCUGUUUCUUUACUCUUCCUGGCAGGCUCUCCUGCUGCCUGGGAAAGUGGGUUACAGAGGGAAGGAGCUCAGCCCAGACGCUGGCAGAGAAGCAGCCAGCCACAGAGAGUCUAACGAAGCACCCCUGCCGUUGACAGUCGCCUCCUCAUCAUUAAGCAUUUCAUAUUUGCACUCUUCCUUCGGAAAAUUUGUUCCUCCACUUUCUCCCCCACCCCUGCUUGGAUUUGAUGAGGGCUUUGUCAAGUCUCAGAGGGGAAACAGACUGAGCAAGGGAAAGAGCCAGGCAAAGUGGAAGGGAGUGCGCGCUGGACCCGCCCGAGCAGCCUUGGCAGUGGCUGCUAGCCCCAGGCGCGCUAGAGCCCCUCUCCGUGGCCAGCAGCGCGCACACGCGAGUCCACCGCGGAGCAACUCGCUGAGGCCACCAUGGUCGGGAGAGUUCAGCCCGAUCGGAAACAGUUGCCGCUGGUCCUACUGAGACUGCUCUGCCUUCUUCCCACAGGACUGCCAGUUCGCAGCGUGGAUUUUAACCGAGGCACGGACAACAUUACCGUGAGGCAGGGGGACACGGCCAUCCUCAGAUGUGUGGUAGAAGACAAAAACUCAAAAGUGGCCUGGUUGAACCGCUCUGGCAUCAUCUUCGCUGGACAUGACAAGUGGUCUCUGGAUCCUCGGGUUGAGCUGGAGAAACGCCAUUCUCUGGAAUACAGCCUUCGAAUCCAGAAGGUGGAUGUCUAUGACGAGGGAUCCUACACAUGCUCAGUUCAGACACAGCAUGAGCCCAAGACCUCCCAAGUUUACUUGAUCGUGCAAGUUCCACCAAAGAUCUCCAACAUCUCCUCGGAUGUCACUGUGAAUGAGGGCAGCAAUGUAACCCUGGUCUGCAUGGCCAAUGGCCGCCCUGAACCUGUUAUCACCUGGAGACACCUUACACCAACUGGAAGAGAAUUUGAAGGAGAAGAAGAAUAUCUGGAGAUCCUGGGCAUCACCAGGGAGCAGUCAGGGAAAUAUGAGUGCAAGGCUGCCAACGAGGUCUCCUCGGCGGAUGUCAAACAAGUCAAGGUCACUGUGAACUAUCCACCCACUAUCACGGAGUCCAAGAGCAAUGAAGCCACCACAGGGCGACAAGCUUCCCUCAAAUGUGAGGCCUCCGCGGUGCCUGCACCUGACUUUGAGUGGUACCGGGAUGACACCAGGAUAAACAGUGCAAAUGGCCUUGAGAUUAAGAGCACCGAGGGCCAGUCCUCCCUGACGGUGACCAAUGUCACUGAGGAACACUACGGCAACUAUACCUGCGUGGCUGCCAACAAGCUCGGGGUCACCAAUGCCAGCCUAGUCCUUUUCAAGCGUGUUUUACCCACAGUCCCCCACCCCAUUCAAGAAAUUGGCACCACCGUGCACUUCAAGCAAAAAGGACCCGGGUCGGUGAGAGGAAUCAACGGAUCCAUCAGUCUGGCCGUACCACUGUGGCUGCUGGCAGCAUCCCUGCUCUGCCUUCUCAGCAAAUGUUAAUAGAAUAAAAAUUUAAAAAUAAUCACAACAACACACAAAAAUGCGUCACACAGAUACACAGAGAGAGAGUGCAAGAUGGGGGGGAGGGAGACUUAUUGUUUCACAAGAUUGUGUGUUUAUAAAUGAAGGGGGAAUAGGAAAAUGAAGAAAAUACAACACUAAAAACAAAUGUAAGGUCCACCAAUAAAAAUUUGAGUAUAAUUUAGGGUGGGAAAACCUCUCCCAGAAUAUGUGUCUAUCUUCUAAGCAAAGGACUGCUGUGUAUGGACUCCAUCGUGCUAAGGACAUCUGAUGCUGUUAAAUGAGGCUACUCAAGAAAUGCCAGACGCCAGACGGAUGUUAACUGUCCCCCACACUUUAUCCUCCCUUCAUCCGUUUUCAUCCGUGGGGAAAAAAGAAGGUCUUGCCUUUGGUGUUUAUAUUUCCAUAACCUUUUUACUCUGUUCUCCAUUUGAGCUGAUGUGUAGCCAUUUUGGGCUAUCAAAGGAAACCUGUGCUGAGCCUUUCUCAGGCUCCGCUGCCUCCACCACCUCUCUAACUUUUAGGAACAUGGAACAUCCACUUUCCCUCCACCGUGCUCUAUCCCCAACCACACCCAUUCCAAAUAGUCCCAUUUCCUCUAUCUCCACCUCUCUUUGCCCCAGCAGCUCAGAACACUAGUCAUGCCGCAAAUGCUAGGAAGUGCCAUUUUUAUUUUUGUUUCUCCACUGUGCGCGUGUGCUCAAGUCUCUCGCUCUCACGUAGGCGUACAUGUGUGUGAGCGUGUAUGUGUCUCUCUCUAAAGCAUGCCAAGGGAAUGGUCCAUGUGUACAUAGACUCAUUGUGCUGUAGAUACUGUCCUGCAUUGUAAUUGUGAGAUGCGGCUGUAACAAGCGGCUGGGGGAGAUGGCUGGGUGGGAGGGAAGCAAGGAGCAGAAUGCCCCCUUCCCUUCCCUUCCACAAUUCAUGGCUGUCACAUGAUAUCAGCGUGCAUUCAAACCAAGCUGUGCUCCUUCUGAGGGCAGGACCCCAUACCCCUCCUGGUCCCAUUUUCAGAACCCACUUGGGAGUCACUCAGAAUAUCACUGUAAAUGAAAGUGCCUACUAUCAAUGGGAUGAGCAGAUGGGGAAACAGAUCUGUGGCCCAGAUGACAUGACCUAGGAGAGGAAGGUGGUUUCUGAUUUCACUGUUAUCUCACAUGCCUGGAGAAUUCACAGAUUUCGUAGCUUUGCAUGGGCUGAGCUCCACCGCAGAAAUGAGCAGCACAGAUUGAGCAGAUCUCCAGAAACAAGUGGGUCUCUGGAUGGUAACCCCCAAGGGAAGGAGGAGCCCACUGAGAGCCUAAGCAGGCCUGCAUUGCCUCUUCACUAAUCUCCAAAGCACAUAGACUUUGCCCCAUAAUGCCCCUAAUCAGAGAUUAUUGCUCCAAUAAAAUACUGUGAGUCAGACAUGAAAAGUAGACAGAUGCCCAAGUCUUCUGUAAAGGCUGCAAAGUAUUGCCCACCCCAGGGACUGCAGGCUUUGUUCUCCUCUGUGGAUUUUCAUCCUUGAGUUCUAGGCUAAUGCCUUGUUGGCCUCCCACUCCACUGAGGAUGUGUGUGGCAUGAUGGCCCAUGGAGGCCAGUCAGUCUCCUAAGCCAGGCCACUAGUGUGGCGACUGCUUUCAGCUUCUCUGUUCUCUUUAGACUUAACGCCUGUGAGAUUCAUCUCGACACUAACACUGAGACCUGAGCUAACUGCUUAACCAUGAGGUCUGAGCAACUUGUGAUGAGUAAAGGCAGAAGUUGUUUGAGCAUCCCAAAGCUCUGUGUCAUCACAUCAUCAAGUGUUCUCCCAGGGAGCUAUUAUAGGAAGGCUUCCUCUCUGUAUAUGGGAAUCUUUGCUAGGAAACCAGCCAGUGCUUUCCAUUAAGACUACAGAGGCACCCAAAGUGGUUCACUAGGAAAGAAUGAAGGAUUAUUGUUGAGGUCAUAAGAUGAUAUUAUCUCACAGAUCCAAAGCUCAUCAAAUUUUCUAACCUUUGACAUGGCUAUCACAUGAUAUGGAAUGAAGGGAAACAAAGAAGAAAGGAAAGAAAGGAAAGAAGAAGGGAGGGAAGGGAGGGAGGGAGGAAAGAAGGAAUGUGAGCAGUAUUUUAUAUUUGUCUAUGGUUUGUAGUUUUGACAUGAAACAGAGGGCAGACAGGGCUCAGUAUAGUAAAAGUAUUUAUGGAAUAUCAAGAGAUAGGACAGUAAUUCCUAUCCAAGACUAUAGCUAGUAAAACAUAGGGAAGGUGUGCCAUAUUCUAAUAGGAUAUAUUGGCAGUCAAGGAUUUCUCAAGCAGUCUAGUCCUCUUUGUACAAGAACUGAAAAAUACAUGUUUUCUAUGUUAAAGAAGUGUCCACAUCCUUAAGAAAAACCAUAGAAGAGCGCAUGCUGGUCUAGAUGGAAGGAAUAAAGAAAGAGGCAUUAAUUUAGCAUCAUUUAUUAUUAGUUUCAGAAAUAGAUAACUGUCACAUAUCAUAGGCUUUAACCACGCACCUGGUCUUCAGGGCCCCCAUCUUAUCAUGAGAACAAGCUCUGGGUUUUGUGGGAGGAUCAUCUCCUUUGGAAAGAACUCCUGGCCAUGCCAAUACCAUCUUUAAUAUAAUGGACCAUAGAGCAAAUAGCUAAAGGUCCUUUUAAAAUUUCACGUUUCCCCAUAUCUCCACCAGGACCUGAGAUUUUUAAGAAUUUUUUUCCCUUGUAAAGAAAACCUGGCUCUCAUAUGCCAUAUGGGCUUGAGAAUAUUGCUAAGUCACAUGAAGAACAUGAGGACAACAUUCUCUGAAGCAAGAUUAGAAUCACUGUAGGGCCAGAAGACCUACACCAAGAUGUCAUACAUGGACAGAAAAGUUCAUCACAUUGCUAUAAAUCCCUCCUAUGAUCCCAUUCUUUGGCAAUCAAAGUACUGAAUGCAAACAAGUUAUUGGAAAAAAAUAGGUAGUAAGGAGUGGAAUGCAUCCAUUUAUCUGGACCACUUUUGUAUUCUUUGUAUUCAAACUGAAGUUACGCCAUUCAUAAAACAAAAUCAUUAGCCUCAGCUUUUGGUUGUAAAGUAGAAUAUACCUUGGCCCAGGGCAGAUCUCAAAGAAGGAGAGCUAUCCUGGAUUCUACAACUGCAGAAUCAUCUCUCUCUGUGCAGUUGUUGAUGAAAACAACUUUGCCUAGUGGGAGGAACAUUGUUCUUGGAAAAUUUAAAAAUCACUUUGUCCAAAAAGAAUGACAGCUGAUGGAAGAGUAGAUGUGUUUUCUCCUUGGAAGUGUUUCCCCCUUAGGUCUUGACUUCUCUUCUAAGCCAGACAGAUUUUUCCCCACUUACCAUGAACAUUUUUUUCCCUUUAACUUCAUAGACAACUGGGGCUAUUCAAAGAGACCUUGUAAUAAUACUCGUGAUUUUCACGUUCUUGGAGGACAGAAACAAAAGCGUGUUUCUCUUCCAAAGAUGGACUUUACCUCCUCUGCCUACAGAAACUAAACUCCUUAGCAUGAAACUGCUUUUUAAGUUCUUACUUUUCAGCCCACAGUUACAGGGUCCUCUUGGAACUAACUAUGAUGUGACAACUUCUAUUGGCUAGUCUUCCUAAAUUUUUAAUUCUGUUCUAUACAGGCUGUGGAUUCUUUGUGCAAAAAAAAAAUGUGUGUAUGUAUUGUUUUAAAUAUUAUCUUUACAAAUGAUAUAUUUACAAUAAUGUAUGUAUUAUAAGGAAAUUUUAGAGCAAUUGUUUAAACUUAAAAGGAAGAGAGGUAUUGAAUUUGGUUUAUUUAAAAAAAAAAAAAGAGAGCAAUGCUUCAUUUAGAAAGACAUGGAUCCCCUUUCGUCAAGUUUGCUUUUAUUUGUUUCAAAGAAAUUUGAUUAUAAGACCACGUGCUAUAGGACUAACCAUGUCUUCAUGAUUUUCUUUACUCUCACAAAUUCUCAGCCUGGAUUUAGUCUUAGUUCCCCUGAAAACUGCCAGUUUUGGUAACAAUGUAAGUGCAGUGUUAUAUCUGACCUAGAAAGCUAUUAAAAUUCUGAAGACAGGUAAACAUGCCAUUUAAAAAAAAAAAGGUGAGAUAGAGCCCAAGAAACACAAACCUACUUCAGAAGUCUCUUUCUUGCUUAUGUAUUUGAAAUGUUUCCCCUCCGGAGACUUCGCCUACCUAAGUGAUGUAAAUCCCCCAUUAUGGCUGACAUUGUAUCUGUAAACAUCUCACUAAAUGCAAAAUGAAGUUCCCAUUUACGUGCAUGCCAGUGGAAAGAAAAGUAAACUAUUCUCGUUUACAUUUAGCUGUGCUGUUCAAAUGUCACCAACUAACCUCAAGAAAGAAUUUGGUUUUGCCCACAAUGUAUAUCGCUUUCCCUUGGCAAGGCAGCUGGUGUUAAUAUUAGGUUUAGGUUUAACAUUCACACCAGUGAAAUGUUUAUGGAUAUUGUAGAAAACUUAUUUUAAAACCCUGAUUUCUCGUCAGCGCAUUUGCAUACUGUGCUGAUUAAUAAAUUAGGCACCAAUCAUGCGUAAAUCAAUGUAAAUCACUAGUUUAUGUACAUAAUACAAACUAUGUAAACUUCAUUUUUCAUGCAGAGCCCAAGUUCAGCCAAACCUAUAAAUCUUAAAGAAAAAGAAGUCAAAAUAAGAAGAAGAAAAGCCAAAGCUUUUUACAGGUCAAAGGUCUAGAACAAAGACUGAAGUUCGGAGCAUGGUUGCCUUAGCCAAAGGAAGCAGACACCCAGAACACUUAAGAGGCAGUUCCAGCCAAGGGCAAAAGGCUCUUCUCAGUUCCUUCUGCCUCAGUUGAAGAUACUCUAGCCUGACACAACCACCCUUUGGCACACUGAAAGAAAGAGGACUAGCUAGCAUGCCAAGGGCUCCUCUGUCCUAGGUUACUGAUCUCUUGCCAGAUAAUGUGUAUUUUCAUUGUAUAUUUAUUUAAAUAGCUCCAACAGAUUGACCAAUACUUACAGGAACAAAUUAUCACACACUCUCUCUUUUUUUUUUUCUUUUUCUUUUUAUGGUCUGCUUAACCACACUCAGAAAACUUCUUUGUCAUCCUAAUUUGAAUAAAUUGUGUGAUGUAAGGCAUACGUUAUGUUCUUGAGAACUGUCUUGCUGAAGAUCCCUGGUAGCUCUGUGUUAUCUACAUGCCUGUGCUUUAUAAAUAAGGUACAGCACCAUUUGCAUAGGGAGUGACUUCACAGGUGUUACCUCUUAGCCUUUCUGAAGUGCCUGCUAGUUAAAGAUGGUGUCCUGUAAACCUUUAACUCUCACCAAAACGACUGGUAGAAUCAUCAAAAGAGAUUAUAUGGAUGUCCUACCCUACUACUCUAGAAAGAAAUUGGGGUCACAUUGAGGCUUACAUUGGUCUACUGAGGACAAAAAGGACAUCUGUAACAUGAAAGCUGUAUCAGGGUUGGAGUCCACAAAACUGGGUCUCAACACACAAAAAGCCCUGUGAUGCUGACACAGGCAAGUUAUUUCACACUCCCGAGUUUUUAAUUUUCUCUUUCGGAAGGUCAGGAAUUCAAGCAAUACUUCACAGUCUCUUGCGUCUCUCACCCCUCUGAUUUUGAAUAUGAACUGAAAAUUCGUUAAGUGCCACCACCCCACACGUAAGAACCCAAGCAAAAGCCAGUUACUGGUCUCUGGUUUUCUCUCAAUCCCCGCCAUCUCCACAAGAUAGCAUCUUCUGGAACACAGGGGCUCUGGACUGAUUCCAUAUUUCUCUUCUGAGCAACAUUUCUUAGAGGUGCAGGGGAAGGGACAUUUUCAUAUUAAAGCGAGGGCGCAGAAAGAGCUGAGGUGGCUUCCUUGUUCAUAAUAUUGGGAAAUGUCACUGUUGAACUGUAGCCUAAUAGCCUUUCGUGGGCAGGAAAAUGGCCAGAUUGAGCAUUAUGUGCGUUAACAAAUGAGGAAGUUUCGCAUGUGAGAGGAAACACCAGGCUUCUCUCAUCCUGGGCCACGUGCUUCGUUAUGGUAAAUGUGUGUCACUGGGAAUUCUCGGCUGGUCCCAAGCAAGUUCAAAAGGCUGUUUUGUGAGAAACAGGCAAGGGAAAGGGGUUCUUACAGACGUUUCCUGAAACUUGAGUCAUAGGCUGUGAAGUCCAGCAAGUGGAUAGAGAGCGGCGUCAUCUUUUAACAGUUGGAAUUGGUGCGGUUCAAAGCAGAUAGGAGUGAAACAGGACACAAAAGCCUAUUGGGAGGCACGGUUAAAGAGAGCGAGAGUUGUAAAAGCUUAAAAGGGAUGCAAAAGUUAAGUUUCCAGAAAGGGAGGUCAAGCAAGAACAGUUGCUGGAGCACUACACGAGGGAUGGUUCUGUUGGGCCACAUCCUGGACGGGUCAGCCCAGGUCCCCUUGUCUUGUCCCACUCUGUCUUCAGCAUUCAGCUUAGCCACCUGUCCAGUCACCUUUCCAUGAAUCUCCCCGAAAGAGCACAAGGUAUAGAGGCCUCCUGGACACCGAAGAGCAGAGUUCAUUCAUCACUUCCAGCCUUAGUGUCACUGUUUAGAUAAGGAUGCGCAGUGGGGCUUACUCUACUCAGGACACUGUAAGUGGGAGAGAGACCAGCCCGCCCAACACCUCCCCAGUUCCAUCGUUGUUUCCAAGGCACAGCUUUUUGGAUGGUGCUCCUGAGUCCACCCUGCGGCUACAUUCUUCCCGACACAAACCCUCCCUGCGUAAAUCUAGGCACAGUAAAAAUCAGCUUCUCGCAAGUGAAGAAAACCCACGGAGCUAGCAUCCUGAUGUGCUGCCAGCAGCCCCUCGCCAUUAGUCAGGAGACUCUUUGAACCCACUUACUUAAGUCUUUUGCUCUUCACCAGAACAUGAACAUGGUUCAUCCCGGUGAACUUUGGCCAAGUUCUGCUCCCCAAGUACUUGCUGGGAGGGGGGACGCUAAAGGGAAGAAAUAAACAAGGGGAGGAAAGGAGACCUCCAACUUCUCCCCAGGCCUGCUUCAUCCUUCCCUUUCCAUUGUUCUCCUGAAGGUUGUAUAAAUCCUGUUCUUGGUUAGACGUCUCCUCAUUAACAGUGUUAUAUACAUAUAAAUAUAUAUAUAAAAUAUAUUCCUUUUUCCAGCCCUGUAGACAUGAACUGAUCUUCCUUGAUAAUACAAACACAUGGCCACUUUUUGGUUUGUUUGUUUUGUUGUUCAAGUUACUUUAUUUUUGUUUAUUGGGUGGAUAUUUUUUCCCUGAAUACUAGCUCUGUGAAGGAAAGUAAAAAGCGCAAUGUGUGUAAAAAAAAAAAAAAAUAUUAAACUUAAAAUAAAAAAAAGCCUUUUUUUUUCCUUUUUAAAUGUAUUUAAAUUCUGGUUCUCUCUUCUGUUACUUUACACGUAUGAAUGCUCUGCUCUUCUGUGAUCUUAAAACAAAAUGAAAUAAACGUGAAAAGGAGAUGUGUCUUCGUUGACCUGAAUCCACGUGAACUUGUGGUUG